UUUAUUUUAUUCAUUGUGCAGAGUUAGAAGCAACUUAGUUAGUCCAGAUGUGACAUUUAAUAUAAGUAGCGUAACUCUGGGGUAGCUGCACAGCUCAGGUGGGAAAACUAGCUCUAUAAACAUGUGGGGGGAAAAGAAAGCUGACACUUUCAAAGGAGGUCAGAUGAGACCAAAAGAGAUAUUUCUGGCUUUUCUACAAAACUGUAGAGAAAACUGUGCAAAGUCCAUUGAACAUACAUUCCUUAUGGUGAAACAUGGUAGUGGCGGCAUCAUGCUGUGGGCAACUUGUCUUGAUUGAAGAAGAUGGCUGCACUGAACAUGUCUCUCUGACGUUCCACAGGGUGGCAUUUUUCCUGUUACCAUUAUUAUUUACUCAAUUUAUAUUUACGUCAUAUCUAAAUGACUUGUGUAUAUACAUAGUUGAUUUAAUAUUUUAUAAUAUAUGGUUGAUCAACCAUACAUUAUUUCCUUCCACUUCUACAUUAUGUACUACUUACUUUGUGUUUUGUCGUCAUUAAAUGCAUUAAAGUUUGGGCUUAUGAUGUGAAGAAAAUGCUGCUGUGCGGCUGCCUGGUCUGUGUUCUGCGAUGCUCAGCAGCAUGACGGAGGAAUAAUUAAUAAGAUGAGGAUGAGGAUAUGAUGGUGGAGCCGGUCUGAGCCGCCCUGAUCUGCUCCAGUGCCCGGGGAUCUCAGCGCAGCGCCGCCCUCCGCAGCGCGGUAGCACCUGCAGCUGCUCUGCGCCGGAGCUGGUGCUCAGCCACUCUCAGGAAACUCGAAGUCGCAUCCACCCCGUUCCCGUCGGACACACACGCAUCUUUCCGCGGCAAGGUCACGGAGCCCGGCAGGCAGCGCGUGAACACACACGGACGUCUACGUUUCAUCUGAAAGGUAACCAUGGGAGACCUCCGCGUGUCUCUGUCGGGGGGUCCUGGACAUUAUCAGUCGGUUUGUUUGAGGACGCUGGCACGCGCUACAGUUAACGCAGCUAGCGACCGGUUCCUGUGUGUCCUUGUUAGAUGCCUGAAGACAUUUUUUGUAUGACGCGUUCAAGCGCCCGUGGAGAAAGGCGGACAUCUGAGUGUCAAAUGUUAGAAUUUUAAAGUCUCCCCCUGUGUAGCUCGAUACAGGCCAUGGGAAUUAAAGCUUGCUUCAUCCGGUCUCUGUCCUUACAUCAGCAGCGCCGUGUGAUUAAGCUGCUACGCUCACGGAGGAAUCACCGCCAGCAGCAGAAUUUUAUGCCUGUAGAUAACCUCAUGUGAAGACUCAGAGAUGCCAGUCCCCACCUCAGGUGCUGCUGCCGUGCCCCCACCGGACGGUGGGUGGGGGUGGGCGGUGGUGCUGGGAUCCUUCAUCUCCAUCGGAUUCUCCUACGCCUUCCCCAAAGCCAUCACUGUCUUCUUCAAAGACAUCCAGAUCAUCUUCGAUGCGUCCUACAGCCAGGUGGCGUGGAUCUCCUCCAUCAUGCUAGCUGUCAUGUAUGCAGCAGGUCCCGUCAGCAGCAUACUGGUCAACACCUACGGCUGCAGACCCAUCGUCAUGAUGGGCGGCUGCCUUUGUUCCCUGGGCAUGAUCUCAGCGUCCUUCUGCACCAACGUGAUGCAGCUUUACUUCUGCAUUGGUGUCAUCGGAGGACUUGGACUGGCCUUCAACCUGCAGCCAGCGUUGACGAUGAUAGGCAAAUAUUUCUUUAAGAAGCGCCCUAUUGCUAAUGGGUUAGCGAUGGCAGGCAGCCCUGUCUUCCUCAGCACUCUGGCGCCUCUCAACCAGUACCUCUUUAACCAGUUUGGAUGGAGAGGCAGCUUCCUCAUCCUGGGCGGGCUGCUGUUGAACUGCUGCGUGGCCGGCUCCCUCAUGAGGCCGCUCGGACCGCCGCCCGGCAAGGUCAAGAAGGACGAGGCGCUGGCCGCCGUCACCACUACGACUGAAAAGCGCAGCCUCUGGCAAAUAGUCAACAAGUACCUGGACCUGACGCUGUUCAAGCACCGGGGCUUCCUCAUCUACCUGUCAGGCAACGUCAUAAUGUUCCUGGGUUUCUUUGCACCCAUUGUCUUCCUCGCCGCCUAUGCCAAAGACAUGGGUGUGGAUGAAUACUCUGCUGCCUUCCUGCUCUCAAUCUUGGCUUUCGUGGACAUGUUUGCCAGACCCUCCAUGGGGCUGCUGGCCAACUCACGAUGGGUUCGCCCCAAGAUCCAGUAUUUUUUCAGUUUCGCUGUGCUGUACAAUGGGGUGUGCCAUAUCCUUUGCCCACUAGUGGAAAACUACACUGGCCUGGUGGUGUAUGCAGUAUUCUUUGGCUUUGCUUUUGGCAUGGUAAGCUCAGUGCUGUUUGAGACGUUGAUGGACCUGGUUGGAGCUCCGAGGUUCUCCAGCGCUGUGGGACUCACAACAAUUAUAGAGUGCUGCCCUGUUCUCAUUGGUCCACCAUUAGCAGGGAAACUUGUUGACGUCACCAAAAAUUACAAGUACAUGUAUUUCUGUUGUGGUGGUGUUGUCAUCCUGGCGAGUAUUUGGCUUUUCAUUGGAAACUUCAUUAACUACAGACUCUUGGAGCGUGAGCGCAAGCAGGGGGAGAUGUACAAACAAACUGAGACGGAAGAUCCCGACCGAGUUCGGGAUGAGAAGGAGGCUUACGGUGCGGCCCAGGCCACCGAAGACCUGACUGACCAAAACCAAAAAGAAGUAGAGCCCAUGCAAAGAGAGACUAAUAUUUAAAACCGUUAUGCACUGCCAAAUCUUGACCUUUCACCCCAGCUGCAGCCGUGCAACACCUUCAAGUAUAAAUCAACCGAGCUCCAAGCCAAGAGUUGCCUCUCACUGUACAACCACACUCUGGUUGGGGCGCUCCUCAGUACUUCUCUGAAAAUAACUGCCAAAGCAACCGUUGUGUUGUAGGGAAGGUGAGGUACAGUAUCUGUUUAUAACAGCGCGCUAGCUGUGACUACAACUGUAAUAAUAAGGCGGUAAACAUAAGGAACUUACAGACAAAACUUCCUAUCUUUUCCCUGACACUCUCAUUCUAGAUAAGCACGAUCUCUCUGGGACACUGCAGAUAUGCUGCUGAUUUUAAUGUACGUAAGGUACAUCCACUGGAGUGUUUUCUUAUUCAUGAAAUAAACAAAUGACUUUGAUUCACUUUGACUGAAUUGAAACUACACCAGGUUCAAACAUCCAAAAGCUGCAUCAGUCUGUUAUUCUGGGUUCACCUGGUUUCCAAUAUGAAGAAAAUAUGAGCGAGAUGCAUUCCCCAGUUUAAAGACCCUUCAGAAAUUCCAUUAGUGUUCUAAUUAAAUCAAUCAAACAUAGAUCCAGUUGUGAAAAAAUACAUUGGGUGCAUUCACAUCAGCCUUUUGUAGUUUGCUUUAAUCAAAGUCUACUUUGUCUAGAAAGUCCGGUUCAUUAGGUGAGGUGUGACUGCAUAAAGUUCAAAACGUUGAACUCGGGGUCUCGUGUGUCAGUGAUGAUUUCUCAAUCAGUAAUUUCUGUGAAAACAAAUUUCACAACACAUAACAGCUUCACCUAGCAUCAAACCAUUUGAUGGUACUGGUGGUACACAACUCCUUUAUCCAUGAAGAUGCCAAAAGCCUCUGCACUGAAAGCGACCUUCUACAAAAAAACGUACAAAAUACACAACGAGGAAGUAACUUACUGUAGUUUCCUGUAUCACUGCUGCAAAAGUGAACAUGUUGUGUUGGCAACGCAACCAACAUAGGCCACGUCACAUGACAGAUAUCAGGACACGUAUAUGCAUCUUAGACUCCAAGUCAUGAAAACAGACACUUCUGAGUUGACUUAAAUUUGCAUCUUGAAACGUCAAUACUUGACUUAGACUCUAGAUCUUGGACUCUUUAUUUCAUGUAAUAAUGCAUGAAAAUAAGCUGUUGAAUGUAAUGUUUGAUUUGUGCUUGACACAUCCUAGAGGUCCGCAAGGCGCAGGGCGUUCAAAUUGUGUCAUUUCAAUAGCCACGCCCCCUCUACGUAUUGUCAGUGCAGACAAAAGUUUCGACACCAGCCACCCCGGAAACUUAGUAACCACGGAGAGUUCCACGAAAAACAUGGUGGACAAGAAAGAGCGCCUCCUGGUGGCGGUUCAAAAAGACAGACAUCUUAAUGAUUCGAACCAUAAUGACAAUAAUACCAUGGUGUCGCCAAGGUGCUAAUAACAACAGUGUUUUUAAUAGGUGCCCUACACUGCCUCCUACAGUCUGGGAGAAUAUUGGCAACAGUCGUGAUGAGAAUAACCAAGAAUAAAUACUGCAGAAAUUGGAGCAGUCUGAUUCCACCUGGAAAUCAUUUGAGUUAAUGAUUUACUCUGUGGUUUACGGUUGUGUAUUAAAAAUUGUUUGUCAUAUUAACAUCACAAAAUGAAGAUCUGAAGGAACAUUAAUAUCGCGGCAUACUUACGUUUUUGUUUUGUGCUGGAAACAGAAGCGACACAUUUUUUAACGUUUUCUUCGCCUUUUGUCUUCACCAUGAGAAAGUGCCUUUCUCAUGGCACUUUUAUUGCCAAAAAAAGUGGGUGGAAAAAACGACAAAGCAAAAAAUGGCAAUUGGUAUCAGAGACAAAAUUAGCUAAAGUAGUUUUCUCCUUUUUUUUGUAUUUUGAUGGGGUAAACGUUGACAGUGUUGCCACCUACUGGCCUGGCAUGGGUAUUUCACAAUUUGUCUAGGAAUACUGCUUUGGAUACGGAUUUGUUUUUCUUCAACCAAUAUAAAAAGGGUUCAACAGAAUAAAACUUACUCCGACUGGGUCCCCCAGUUACUAUAAUCGACUUUUAUAAAACCCGAACAGAUGUGGUCACAGCUGGUGAUGCUGGUAUCCAUAUAUUACUCUGUCCUCCUGAGCACUGUAAAGCUGUGUUGUAAAACCUGUGCAAACCUUUGAUCAAGUCAUAAAAAAUGCUGCAUUAACCAUCUUGGGUACAACAGUUCCACUCUCAUAUCAAGUAUGCUGCACUAAAUGUCAAAUUGCCACACUUCAACCCCUGACAUUGUUUUAAAAUUGCUGCAAUUCACUGAAUUUAAUUACGGUUGAAUGUAAUUUCCUCUGUGGGCCUUAAUAAGGUAUUAAUGACCAAAACCCCGUCUGCAAAUUGGGGGCCGUCUACAGGCAGAGCCCAUGAGCAAUACACUCUCUCUCAUAUUAAUGCAAAUAUACAGGGAAAUGUGUUUCUAGUGGCAGUCCAGUCUGUGAUGCAUUGCCUUAAAUUUAAAUGCAGUGUAACGAUUGCAGGGUCGUCGUACCGUUAAUAGUGGACAGAACAAUAUGAAGACGACAAACUUUGUGUUAAAUGUGAGACAUUUUAUUCCUGCUGCGAUAAAGAGAGAAACUCACAUCUGUUCCAUUUGUCUCCUAACAUAUCUGCGUUGGAAUGUGAAAGCUUUAAGUGAUUGUGUUCUGUGUCUCGUUGUUUCAGUAACUGACUAACCAUUUCCAUUCCUGAAUGUUAAAUGUGUUGCAGACUUCUUCUACUAACUGGGAAUUGUAAUCCAGCCAUGUGUAGUGUAUGGUGUGCACAUACAGACAUGCAGCAUGCUUUCCUUUGCUUUUCAGUGACAAUCGUGGAAAUGCGUCUCACUGCCCAGGGCGCCAUUCUGCCGAGGGGCAGCACAAGAAAAGCACUAGCUGCGUUUCCAUUACAAAUGUGCGCAAAAUGUUGUCAGUAUUCUGCUAAUGUCGAAAAGACACAAUUUUGGAAUUGAGGUGUUUCUAUUAAAUAAGAAACACAAUUAAAAUCACACGAAUAAGUCUGUUUAUACAAUAAGUAAUCAAAAACAUGCCAUGAACUACUUCCUGUUGCUUUCUUCUUCAUAGUUUGCACCAGUGGUAACAUCCAGUUGAUGAUCAUGUGACUUGUGUCAUGUAAACAAAGUGUUUCCAUCGCAGUUUUGCAAAAUGAACCAGUUUCAAUACUUCCAAAAGAAAAAUUACCUCAACUUUGUAUUGAGAAACUAGAGUUUUUUCAUAAUUGGUGUGUUUCCAUUAAGCAAAUUUAUUUUCAAAAAGUCAAAUUGCACAAUUAUAUGGUCAUUGUAAACGCAGCUAGUGUCAGUUGUGCCCACAUGUUUCCCAUUCCUUAACUGCAUGUUCAAUUUUGUAUUGAUCACUGAAUAACCACUGUAAGUAUGACAAUAGGCCACAGGUGGCUAAUAAUUCCAGCUAUAAUUCAGAUUUGAAACCAACCUGAAGGGCUGUUUUGGUGUUGCUAAGUAUUGGAUCCUCUCUAGGUCAAAGUUUUAACUCACCAAACCUGAACUGGAUUGUUUUACCCUAAAUAUAGAAAACAUUACUUUUGUGAAUUCUCAGACUGUGGGCUGUGGGUUGGGUCAGGAUUUCAGGGUCCGCCCAGGACACCAGUCAUGCAAGAACCACCAAAGAUGUUACAUGCA